AUGUCGUGUCCUCGUUCUCUUCGACGGCCAGACUCAAAACCCUCUCGACCCUCGACCUUCGACGCCACGCAAACACCACACCGUCGAGACCCCUCCACGCCGAUCCUGCCCUCAGGCCCACACGCGCGUUCAUCCUCCCGGGCUCAUGCAGCCGCCAUCGGCGGUGCACACUUCCCAGCUAUCUCGCAGCCGCUCCCUCAGCCGCCAACACCCUCACCCCCUCAAUGUCACGCACCACCACCACCCAGUUCCCUGUACCCCUUCGACCUCGACCUCGACCUCUACCCCCCUCUCGUCCCCUUGAUAUCAGGGGCGUCGUUUCCAGUCUCUCUAAGCAUAGCAGUACCUCGUUCUCAACCUUUCCACUCUCUGGCCCCUCGAUCUGCCACCUCCCGACCUGCUGCUGGACAACCUUCCACCUCAAGUGCAUCCGCUUGUGAGCCGCGAAGAGCAUCAAGGACAUCGAGGACGCCUGGCGCGCGCGCGGCGAGAGGGGCAGGAAGGGCGACUGGCGCUGCCCCAGGUGACAGUUCAAGCGUGCUUCUGCGGCUUAACCCAGGACCUGAAGCCCCCGCGCUUCUCGACGCCCCACUCGUGCGCAAGCCCCUGCUCGUGCCCGCGCGCGUGCGGGCACCCCUGCGCGCUCGGGUGCCACCCGGGUCCGUGCCCGCCCUGCCAGGUGACGACACAGCGCCCGUGCCACUGCGGCAGCAGACGGUCUCCUUCCGGUGCUCCCGCACGUCCCCCGCCCCUGUACUCCUGUCCUCGACCGCCGACGCCGCGCGCGUGGACCUCUCCUGCGGCCGCGCUUGCGAAAAUCGUGCCAUCCCGGCGCGUGUCCGAGGCAGUGCAGUGCUAGUGCAGGAAAGUGGAGAAGCAGCUUGCAUACAGGGAGGGAGAGAAGAAGGCGUGCGCCGUGGUGCAUAG